UGCGACGACAGACCGAGUUGUCGGUUCUAUAUGUGAAAACAAAUUUCAAUGUGGUAUCAUACCUAACGUGUAAUACGAACCGCUGCAGUAGACACUCGUGUAAUAAAAAUAAUACUGGCCAUAGUCGAUUGCACUAUCUCUGUUAUGCAAUGGUCAAUUUCGAUUUGGACGGUGAUGGUUAUCGCGAUCGUCAUAAGGAAUGCCCAGAUGUUGAAUUGGAAUAAAUUGCCUCCUUAUGGGACAUGGACUUGGAAAAAAGUGACCCUAACGACGUCUUCCACCAUAGAGUUACCAAACGGAGAUAUGGAGUUAUCGGACGAAGUUGCGGAGUUAUCAGACGAAGUUUCGGAGUUAUCAGACAAAGUUAUCAAGAUAGAAAACCAAAAUUCGGAUUUUUUGUUCAGAGAUAUGGAGUGGAGAGGCUUAGUUAAGGCAGUUAACGGAAAAUGUCCGACAAAUAUGGUAUAUAGUAAAGUUACUGAUGAUUGUUUUCCUUGGGUUUACGGGCCCGACAUUUCCGAUAUAAUACCGAACAAGAUAAAUUGCUCGAAAGGGUAUGCGCCAGAUUACGAGGAAGGCAAGUGUGUGGAAAUCGAAACUUUAUCAUCAGAAGAGUACACAUCUUCUGAUGAGUAUGACUGAGAGAUGACACCAACCAUCACAACUUUCAAGUUAAACCCGUUACAAUAUUAUACACGCUAUUAAAAAUAAUAGUUUGUACAAUUACUAAUACAAGAUCGUUGAAACGUCGUGGAUAACUAUGUGUCGUAUGUAAUAUUUUUACUCAAUUUAUUUGAUUUUUGAUCCAUUUUAUUUGUUUUUUUUUUAAAUAAAGGUUUUUGAUUGUACAUGAGUAUAUAUAUAUAUAUUAUUUUCUUAUUUGCCAACUAGACAAAUUUUUUUUUUUUUGGAAAAGAUUUCUACAUUUCAAGUCUUUCAAAACAUGUAUAACCUCGGUUAUACAUGUCGAUUUUCGUCAAAAUAUGAAAUUAGAAUUUUUAUAGAAAAGUUCAUCGUAUAAAAAACAUAGAGUUAAAUUUUUAAGAAUUUCUGUUUGGUUGAAUAAUAAAACUUUACAGAGUACUUACCAAUUAAAAAUGACGUAAAAACUUGAAAAAUUGAAAUGUCUAUGAAUAGUUCAAAAAUUAUUCAAAUGGUUUGAAAAUUUUACCAUGGCUAUAACAGACAAAUAUAAGUUUUCUGUCCAAGCUUUGAAUUUCUAUGAAUAUUUUAAACUGAGUUACAACAAAAAAAACAAAAUUUAAAAUAAUAAAAGCAUUAUUUUUGUAAUUUAUCCCACUUCUACGUUUUUGAUACUAAGUAGAGCGAAGAAGCUUUUGGUUUUACAAAAAUGUUACGAUUUUUUUGUUCUGUACCCAAUUUUUCAACUAGUAAUUUUGCUCCAACUUUUGAUGACAGCAAUUUUUUUAAAAGGAAAUUACGCUAGGGAGUUACUUUAAAGGUCAUUUUUCAAUUUUCUCAGGAGUUUUCUCAUCAAAUUUGAAAAACGGAAAAAAAAACGGAAAAAUAUAACAAAUGUAGGUAUUAGUAUAAAAUUGUAUGAAAAAUUCUUGGAAAAUCAAAAAAUCACCUUCUUAAAGUAUUAAAUAGAUACGACUUCCUUUAAAAAAAGACGCUACACUUGAUUAAACGGAGCAAGAUUUCUGGUUGGAAAAGUUGUUUACAUAAUAAAAAAAUAAAACAAAACAUUCCUUAUUAGUCUCCGAAUCUAAAAUAUAAACAUAAUUGUAGAAUAUACAAGCAUAUAGGUUUAUUGAGAAAUAAUAUCGCACAAAAAUAUCAUUGCAAAACUUUUGUUAAAAGGUAUAACAUAGAAAUUUUAAAAACUGAACGUAAUCUUGACAUAAUAGAUGAACACAAUCAAGAAUCACGACAUCUAACUGUUUUUGAAAUAUCUGCGAUAAAAAUCACCAGUUUUUGGAAUUAGUUCCUUUUACAAAUAUUAUAUUAGAUAUUAAAUAUAAUAUGUUUUAACUAUCAUUUUUAAAAUAUACAGGCUGAUCCACGAAGAUAUACUCCUUAUAUAUCUCCGUAGAUAAUAAAGAUAAUCAAAUUCUGGUUUUUUUUUACACUACUCGCAGAAAAGAGGACUACAAAUAUUUAUAUUUUAAUUAAUUAUUUUUUCUUUAUCAAAAUAUUUCUAUUUUAUGAUUUCCGAAAAAUGUUAAGACAGCCAUUCGUUAAAGAUUAUUUUUUUGAAAAUUUUAAUAUAUCACAUAUUUAUAUUCGAUGAUCUAAGUAACGGUUAGUACAGUAGUCCUCUUUUCGGCGAGUAGUGUAAAAAAAAAAAAACCCAGAAUUUGAUUAUCUUUAUUAGUAUGUAUCAAGGAUAAAGUAAUUUAGUUGAUGUAUCAAAAGUAACGAUACAUCAUUACAAUCGUUAUUCCUCGUCAUUAGAAUUAGUAUCCGAAUCUGAUAUUUAAAACCAAAUUUACUAGCAAUUGUAGUUAUUUGUAACUAUGUGUAUAUAUUUUUAAUUUAAUUUAAUAAUCUGUUGUUGUAAAAACAUUUUGUUCGUUGAGACAAUAUUAUAAUAUCAAUAAAUAAAUAAAAAAAAAAUUAGAAUUGCUUGGUAUUUUUUCUUUUACUCAAUCAUAUUAUCGCCUAUGCCCUAGCUAUACGUAGUAAAGUAGAUUUUUUUUAAAAAAUAUACAUAGGUAUAAAACGAAUAGUUACACAAAGGCACAGUUAAUUCGCUUGACACCUCACGGUCAUAAAAUCCCAACAAAUAAAUAAUCUACCUAUUUAUUUUUAAAAUAAGAUCUUAUAACAAUACCUAGUAUUAUAG